AGAAUUGGCAUUUCAGUGAAACGCUGUAUUAUAACGUGGUAUUUUUUGUGUUUAUUUCGUACAGCCAUGAAGACAGCGGCUUUCUUGAUGGUUGUCGUAGGGAUAGUAGUGUUACGCUUAAAAUCGAAUAGGAAUAACGUGUGUAAAACCUUUGAGGAUUAUUAUUCUAAUAGAGAUGAAAACCCUAAUUGUUACUAUAAUCCUGAUCACGAACUAGAAGUCCCCGAGAUUGUGAUGCGAUACGGAUAUCCAAUUGAAGAACACAAUGUAACGACUUCUGACGGAUACAUUCUAACAGUAUUUCGUAUUCCACACGGAAUUCAUACAAAGACAACUUCGAAAAAACCCGUAUUCUUGCAACAUGGACUAGCUAUAAAUUCAGGAUCUUUCCUCAUAACUGGAAGAAAAUCUCUUGGUUUUAUGUUAGCGGAUGCCGGUUACGAUGUUUGGUUAGGAAAUUUUCGAGGGUCUAAAUAUUCGAACAACCACGUCUAUUUAGACAAUCAAAGUGAAGCGUUUUGGAAUUUCAGUAUCCAAGAAAAUGGCCUUUAUGAUUUACCAGCUCAGAUAAAUUUUGUUAGUAACGUUACCAAACAGAAAAUUGCAUAUCUUGGUUAUUCCAUGGGAACAACAGCUGCGUAUAUUUAUUUGAGCAGUUAUCCGGACGAGAAAAAAAUAGAUAUGCUAAUCGGCCUCGCUCCAGCGAUUUAUUUCCACGACGUAGAUUUUAUUGAAUUUUUUUCCAAAAUCUGGGUUGUAGUGGCGGCCCCAAUUCAGUUUAUUACGAAUGGAAAGAUGUAUCCAAGGAUGGGAACGAUGUUUAAAUAUUUAUGUUUACCCUACCCAAUCCAAAUGGAACUGUGCCAAUUAUUCGAUAUGUUAAUCAUGGGGUUCAGUUAUGCAGAAAAUGAUCCUGAAACGCUACCAGUUUCUUUGUUGUACAACUCGGACUCGGCAAGCGUAAAUACUUUUUGGCAUUUUGAACAGUUACGUAAAUCGCAAAAAUUUCAAUCGUAUGAUUACGGAGAAACAGAAAAUUUGCUAAUUUACAACAGCGCAACGCCACCGCCGUAUAACAUGUCAAAUAUCAACAUUGAAAAUCAUUUAUUCUACGCAGACAAUGAUAAGCUGGCAACAGCUACGAAUGUUAAACUACUUUAUAACGAUCUUCAGAAAACUUCCAACGUCCAUAAGCUAUAUAGGAUAGAGGAUGAAUAUUUUAAUCAUGCCAAUUUUCUUUCUGGCAAAAAUGCCGGCAGUUUGUUAUAUAGGCGAAUUUUAAAAUUGCUUGAUAGUACAUAUAAAUAAGUUGUAAUUGUGGCUUUCAUAGAUUUAAGCUUUGCAACUGUCGGUAUUGUAUUGUAAUUAAUCACUAAGUAAUUGCAGAUAUUUAUUAAC